CAAAGAAACACUGAAAAGCUCGAGGCAGAGUCAUGAGAUGGGACGGUUGUGUCAGAGCACUUCAAAGGCGUGAUGUCCUGGGUGAGAUGAAGGGUCACCGCGUUGGAUGAAGGGCCACGAUCCAGUCACCUCCACUGCAUGAUGAUCCGCUGUGUCUCGGUCUGAGACGGCAGCAGCCAAACACCACAGUGACAGAGGAGCAAAAUGCCUUUAACUUUCGAGCUGUGCCCCGGCCGCAUGAUCGGAGGGAGCCACCCGUGCUUCAUCAUUGCAGAGAUUGGACAGAACCAUCAGGGAGACCUUGAAAUUGCCAAGAAAAUGAUCAAAAUGGCAAAGGACUGUGGCGCAGAUUGUGCCAAGUUCCAGAAAAGUGAACUGGAAUUUAAGUUCAACCGAAAAGCGCUGGCCCGUCCUUACAUCUCCAAACACUCCUGGGGGGCCACCUAUGGUGAACACAAGCGCCACCUGGAGUUCAGCCACGAGCAGUACAGGGAGCUGCAGAAGUAUGCGGAGGAGGUCGGGAUCUACUUCACUGCGUCUGGAAUGGAUGAGAUGGCAGUUGAGUUUCUCCAUGAACUCAACGUGCCAUUCUUCAAAGUGGGCUCAGGAGACACCAACAACUUUCCCUAUCUGGAAAAAACAGCCAAGAAAGGUCGCCCUAUGAUCGUGUCCAGUGGGAUGCAGUCCAUGGAUACGAUGCGUCGAGUCUACCAGACUGUCAAGAAGCACAACCAAAAUUUCGCCCUCCUUCAGUGCACCAGCGCUUAUCCUCUAGAAGCUGAAGACGUCAAUCUCCAAGUGAUCACAGAAUACCGGAAGGAAUUCCCCGACAUCCCCAUCGGGUAUUCGGGACAUGAGAGCGGGAUCGCCAUUAGCGUGGGAGCUGUCGCUCUGGGUGCCAAAGUGGUUGAGCGCCACAUCACCUUGGACAAGACCUGGAAAGGAAACGACCACGAGGCAUCGCUGGUGCAAGAGGAGCUCGCCGAGCUGGUCCGCUCCAUUCGUCUGGUGGAGAGGGCUCUGGGCUGUGGCGUGAAGCGCAUGCUGGACUGUGAGAAGGCUUGUCACGACAAGUUGGGAAAGUCUGUGGUGGCCAAGGUGAAGAUCUCUAAAGGAACGACUCUGACUCUUGAUAUGCUGACAGUGAAAGUGGCCGAGCCCAUGGGCGUGGCAGCUGAAGACAUCUACCAGCUGCCAGGUCGGGUGGCGAAGGAGGACAUAGAGGAAGACGAGAGCCUCCUGGCCGAGUGCCUGGAACCCACAUGUUAGUUUGGUGUCGCUCCACCAGCUUGAAGCCAGGUCUUCUUUCUGCUCUGAGUCAGACUUGGGGCAGGCUGGGACGUCUUCUUGGGAGCAGGAGUUUCUCUUGAAGCCAUCAAGUGUGCCAACCUCUCCGCCUGUGAUUGUGCGCCUCUGUGGCGCCUCCUACGCUGAUGCACUGUCUGCAUGAAGAUGGAAGCACCUGCUAUCAUGUCCUAUCAUGUCAAUAAAUGA